AUGAUUAAAAGCCAAUUUAAAUAUUUUAUUGACCGCAUUGGUGGAUGUGACAUGAGACAAUUUCUCAAGGCAUCUGUAAAGGCUGUCAUUAGCGACGAUCUCGCUGUUGAUCUCACUUGGCGUGGAACAGCAACCAAGCCUAGUAUUCAGAAAUUUGCUGUUUUUAAUAUAAUAAAAGAUAUAUGUCAUGUAAAAUACAAAAUAGCGUCAUCGUACGAAAUAAAUAAGUUUACACAACAGCAAUUCCUUCACGCAAAAGACCGCGUUUCCAAAAAACAA